UUAAAAACUGUAUCACCGAUGACAAAUGCUCAUAACGUCUUUCCAAGAGAUCGAUUCUCAUACUCCUCUACAAUCCUAGUUGAUUCGUGCUCUAACGAAUUCUUCGAGUGUUUUCAGCUUGAUGACCACAAUAUCGAUCGCUAUAUGUUUUAUCAACCAUUCUACUGGCCUACAUAUCGCUACGCGGCACGUCGAGCACUCUAUGUCGAUCCGAUUCCACAUAGUCUUGGAUUUGAGUACCCCGAUUACUGGCUAGUCUUUUUCUUAUCGACUAGAGCGAGUCGCUACAAGUGGUAUACUGACUGGUUGAAUCCCACUUAUUGGCGUCGCUAUCGCGAUCCCAAUUACGAUCGACCGCUGUGGAAUAGCUGGCGACCGUGGCAGAUGGAUAGGUCAAAUAUUAAACGAGCUAUUGAUAUGUAUCGUAAUGGUCUGAUUGACUUUAAAACGCUAGACGAUAAGUGGAUCACACCGACUGCGUAUGGCCGACAUGGAAAGGACUGGUCAGAUGUUUACCUUCCCGCUGCUCGCUAUGGUGCUCAUCGCUACUUCUAUGCUUUCUUCUAA